CAUUGCACUUGAACUUGGAAUCUUGUAACCUGAGGAACUGCACUCGGAAAAAGAAGAAACUUCUAACAAAUGGGAAAUUAUAAAUCUAGACCAACCCAAACUUGUACUGAUGAAUGGAAGAAGAAAGUCAGUGAAUCUUAUGUUAUUAUAAUAGAAAGAUUAGAAGAUGACCUGCAGAUCGAAGAAAAAGAACUUGCAGAACUAAGGCACAUAUUUAGCUCUGAUGAUGCCUUCAGUAAAGUCAACUUAAAUUACCGCACAGAAAAUGGGCUGUCUCUACUUCAUCUAUGUUGCAUAUGUGGAGGCAACAAGUCACAUGUUAGAACCCUUAUGUUAAAAGGACUUCGCCCAUCUCGACUGACAAGAAAUGGAUUUACAGUCCUGCACCUGGCAGUCUACAAGGACAGUGCGGAAUUGAUCACUUCUCUGCUUCACAGUGGAGCUGACAUACAGCAGGUUGGGUAUGGUGGCCUCACUGCCCUGCAUAUUGCUACAAUCGCUGGUCACCUAGAGGCUGCUGAUGUCCUGCUGCAACACGGAGCUAAUGUCAAUGUUCAGGAUGCAGUUUUUUUCACUCCGCUGCACAUUGCAGCAUACUAUGGACAUGAACAGGUAACCCGCCUUCUUUUGAAAUUUGGUGCUGAUGUAAAUGUAAGCGGUGAGGUUGGAGAUAGGCCUCUCCACCUAGCAUCUGCAAAAGGAUUCUUUAAUAUUGCAAAACUCUUGAUGGAAGACGGCAGCAAAGCAGAUGUGAAUGCUCAGGACAAUGAAGACCACGUUCCCCUCCAUUUCUGCUCCCGCUUUGGACACCAUGACAUAGUGAAGUACCUGCUCCAGAGCGAUAGUGAAGUUCAGCCACAUGUUGUUAAUAUCUACGGAGAUACCCCCUUGCACCUGGCAUGCUACAAUGGCAAAUUUGAAGUCGCCAAGGAAAUCAUCCAAAUAUCAGGAAUAGAAAGUAUGACUAAAGAAAACAUCUUCAGUGAAACGGCUUUUCACAGUGCUUGUACCUAUGGUAAGAGCAUUGACCUGGUUAAAUUCCUUCUUGAUCAAAACGUCAUAAGUAUCAACCACCAAGGAAGGGAUGGGCACACAGGAUUGCACUCUGCUUGCUACCAUGGUCACAUUCGCCUGGUUCAAUUCUUACUGGAUAAUGGAGCUGAUAUGAAUCUGGUAGCUUGUGAUCCUAGCAGGUCUAGUGGUGAAAAAGAUGAGCAGACAUGUUUGAUGUGGGCUUAUGAAAAAGGACAUGAUGCAAUCGUGACCCUCCUGAAGCAUUAUAAAAGACCGCAGGAUGAAUUGCCCUGUAAUGAAUAUUCUCAACCUGGAGGAGAUGGCUCCUAUGUGUCUCUUCCAUCCCCCUUGGGGAAGAUUAAAAGCAUGACAAAAGAAAAGGCAGAUGUUCUCCUCCUAAGGGCUGGACUGCCCUCUCAUUUCCAUCUUCAGCUCUCAGAAAUUGAGUUCCAUGAAAUCAUUGGCUCAGGUUCUUUCGGGAAAGUGUAUAAAGGACGAUGCAGAAAUAAAAUAGUGGCUAUAAAACGUUAUCGGGCCAACACCUACUGCUCCAAAUCCGAUGUGGAUAUGUUCUGCCGAGAGGUGUCCAUUCUCUGCCGCCUCAAUCAUCCCUGUAUAAUUCAGUUUGUGGGUGCCUGCUUGAAUGACCCCAGCCAGUUUGCCAUCGUCACUCAGUACAUAUCAGGGGGUUCCCUGUUCUCCCUCCUUCAUGAGCAGAAGAGGAUUCUUGAUUUGCAGUCUAAAUUAAUUAUUGCAGUAGACGUUGCCAAAGGUAUGGAGUACCUUCACAACCUGACACAACCAAUUAUACACCGUGACUUAAACAGUCACAAUAUUCUUCUCUGUGAGGAUGGGCAUGCUGUGGUGGCAGAUUUUGGAGAAUCAAGAUUUCUACAGUCUCUGGAUGAAGACAACAUGACAAAACAACCUGGGAACCUCCGCUGGAUGGCUCCCGAGGUGUUCACACAGUGCACACGCUACACCAUCAAAGCUGACGUCUUCAGCUACGCCCUGUGUCUGUGGGAACUUCUCACCGGUGAGAUUCCAUUUGCUCAUCUCAAGCCAGCGGCUGCUGCAGCAGACAUGGCUUACCACCAUCUCAGACCUCCCAUUGGCUAUUCCAUUCCCAAGCCCAUAUCGUCUCUGCUGAUGCGAGGGUGGAAUGCAUGUCCUGAAGGAAGACCUGAAUUUUCUGAAGUUGUUACCAAGUUAGAAGAGUGUCUCUGCAACAUUGAGCUGAUGUCACCUGCAUCAAGUAACAGCAGUGGGUCUCUCUCACCUUCCUCUUCUUCUGACUGCCUGGUGAGCCGGGGAGGGCCUGGCCGGAGCCACGUGGCCGCUUUAAGGAGUCGUUUUGAACUGGAAUAUGCUCUCAAUGAGAGGUCCUGUGCCGCCUGGUCCCAAAGCGCCGGACCGUGUUCCUCUCAAGGCCUGUCUUUGGAGGAGAUGAAGAGAGGUCUCCAGUCCUCGCCCGUUGACAAAUACGGCUACGUGUCCGACCCCAUGAGCCCGAUGCAGCUUCAUUCCUGCCGGAGUAGAGGCCGCUGUGAGGACAGUGGCUGACCGCGUGGGGUGAGGACCUACGGACGCUCUCCCCGGGACCUACGGACGGCUCUCCCCGGGACCUACGGACGGCUCUCCCUCCCAACCGGGCAGGCUCGCGUCCCAUUAUAAUAUUUUACCCUCCAAGGUCUCCCCAUUAUUGUUCAUUCUGGUCCUAAUUCCCCACCGCAACUCGGGCUUUGGAUUCGUGGCUACGGAAUGACACGCAAGACCUGGAAGAACCAAGACCUGGAAGGUCCUUAAAGAAUUGGUUUGGAUUUUGUAACUGAAAGAACAAAUCGGUAUCGUUGCUUGGGGAUGGGGCCCGAGUCCGUGGUGGGCGCUUGCCACGCUGCUCUGUGGACUUGUGUUUGAGAACUGUGGGUUUGAUGUGCUUUUUUUUGGGGGGGGGGAUAUUAUUCAU